UCUUCCAAUAUAUCAGAGUCACCAAACAAAAUCGACAUAGGACAAACCCUAAACCUAGCUUCGUCCCUAAUUCCCACCAUCAUUACCAUAAAAGCUUCUACUUAAAGCCUAGAGCACACCGACUUGCUUCAUAAGUUCCUCAGAAAAGCUUUAUUACAAGACAUUUAGUUUCACAUACUAAUCUCUAAAGCAUGCUAUUUACAAGACAAGAUGCAGCACCAUGUUCCCCUUCCUCUCAGCAGCACACCAUCAACAUCUCCACCAUCGGAGCCUGAUUUAACAUGCUUUCAGUCACUUCCCUUGGACCCUACCGUACCGGAUUACACCUCCCUUCUCUCCAACGAGCUCCUCCUAAACAUAUUCUCCAAGCUUCCAAUCUCUCAACAUGUCUCGAAUUCCUUGGUCUGCAGACGCUGGUUGAACCUCCACGGCCGGUUGGUGCAAUCCCUUAAAGUUAAGGACUGGUCGUUUGUUACUUCGGGUCGGGUGUUUAACCGGUUCCCCAAUCUCACGGAUUUAGACUUGGUCCGUUCGUGUGUAGGGUUGCCCAAGUGCUCUGGCAUUGUAGUAACCCACAAAACUAUGUCGGUUCAUGUGGAUACUAGUUUGAUUCUCGGCGGAUUUCUGGAAGAAACAGCGUUGUUGCCGUCGAAUGAAGUUGACAAAGGGCUUGCAAUGAUUGCCGAAAAGUACCCGAAUUUACAGAGAUGAGUGGUUAUUGGGGCAGGCGAACAAGGGUUAUUAAAAAUAGCGGAGUGUUCUACAAUGCAAGAGUUGGAACUACAUUGUUGUGGGGAUUUGGCUCUAAAGCCCAUUUCCGGGAUUAAAAAUUUACAGGUAGUGAAACUGAUUGGGUUCAUUGAUGUGUUGUACAAUUCGGCGAUUUCAGACAUCGGGUUAACAUUAUUGGCUCAAGGGUGUAGAAGGUUAGUUAAGCUGGAGCUUUGUGGAUGUGAAGGGAGCUAUGAUGGGGUUAAGGCGAUAGGGCAAUGUUGCCAAAUGCUUGAAGAAUUGACCCUUUCCGAACAUAGAAUGGAUGGUGGGUGGUUAGCCGGGCUUUCGUUUUGCGGGAACUUGAAGACCCUGAGGCUAAAGUCUUGUAGAAGUAUUGAUAAGUUCCCUGGGGCGGAUGAGCAUUUGGGGUCUUGUUUCACCCUCGAAGAGUUGCAUUUGCAGGGCUGUCAAAUUCGAGAGAUGCAAAGUGUUAAAGCUUUGUUUUUGGUUUGUGAGAAUGUUAGGGACAUUCUUUUACAGGAUUGUUUUGGCUUGGAGGAUGAUGUGUUUGGUCUUGCAAGCAUUUGUAGGAGAGUGAAGCUUCUUUCUCUGGAAGGAUGCUCGUUGCUAACCAUCAAAGGUUUGGAGUCGGUAGUGCUUUCAUGGAAAGAGCUUCAACAAUUGAGAGUAAUGUCAUGUAAUAAUAUCAAGGAUACUGAAAUAAAACCUGAACUGGCAACCUUAUUUUCCAUUCUGAGAGAGCUGAUAUGGAGACCAGAUUCCCGAUCUCUACUAUCAGCGAAUCUUGCCGAGACCGGAAUGGGAAAGAAAGGUGAUAGAUUCUUCAAGAGAUGGAAGGAUUAACCUUGCCGCCUAAUUCCAUGCCUCUGGAUCUGAAGUAGUUAAUGCUUGGAUUGUACAGAUCACAAUCCACAUUCCAUAGCUUUAUAUGUUCAUGCAUGAUAGUGAUAACAGGGGAGGAUUCAUCAAGCCAAGCUUAUCAGAGUUUUUGUGUAUAAACCCUGUACGCCAACAGCAAGCAAGAAUUACUUUGUUAAAUGUAUUUUAUGUAUCAUUGAGGUUAGAUUUUUGUUGUUUGAGUAAUAAAUUAGGGUCAGUUUGUUUUA